CCAGCUUUGGCAUCGAUUCGAUGUACUGCAGCCAUUUGUAGCCUCACCCAGCUGAGUGUUUGGGCAAAAGAAAAGGCGAUUGGGAAGCAGGGAAAGGAAAUGGAAGGUGAAGAAGGGCAAGAAUACUUGAGCACAUCUGAGAAGAUUAAGUAUUUUCAGAAGCUAUUGAAGACCCAGGCGGAGGAAGCCUCAAAGCUCCCAGAAGACAACCACCACGAGGAGCGCUUUGCAUCUUCGACGCCCGAACGGAUUGACUUUAGCUACAAGGAUGUGGCGCCAGAGAGUGCUGCGCCUGGUGCUUUGAAUGGUUCAACUGCUACGGCGGCCGAUUCGGAGGAGGUCAGACUUCAACAAGCGUGCAAACUACAACUUCCUGUCGAGUCCAUGCAGUCUCCAUCCACACGCGCGACCUCCUCAUCUCCACUCGGAGGAUAUGUGGCGUCGCCCUCGGGGUCACAGAGACGUGCGGAGAUCGCAGCCAAAGCCCGAGAAGCCUUCCAGCGCAGUCCGCCUGAGACGCCGACAGCCUCGCCAGGUUCUCGGAAGGCAGGUGGCCGGCGUACAGCACAACGUGACAACUUGGCGGAGAGGGCAUAUCAGAGAUAUCAAGAGGCAUGGCAGAAUGACUUCUGACAGUGAUGGGCCUUUUAGCUUUGCUCUGUGAGGCUGAGGGGCCUGGCACCGAAGGUAGGCCCGGACCUGCCAGAGGCACUGAGGUGGAAGAUCAUGGAGAGGAGACCUGGCUUUUGGGAGUGCAGGGAUUUGGUAGAUGCCAUGUGCAGCUCCAAGCUAAGUGAUAACCACCGAGUUCCUAGUAGCGUGCUUGCCGCUCCUCCCAAAGGGGAGGUUCAGCGCAAGGAGGGCGGCCUUGGUCCCAAGGACAGGGCCUACUCCCAGAAAGACAUAAUACAGCUUGAAUAUGAGUUGAACCAUCCCCCC